CACUGUGCUAUCAGGUCACCACUAGAAAAGCAAUGGCUAUGGAGGAUCCAAGAGGCCGCUCGCCAAUUCCACUCCUCUCCGAUCCGUUCCACUGUUCUUCCGAUUUCAAUUCUCUCUUCACCAAUCUUAACACGCUCCUCAUCCCCGCCAAUAAUGCAGGCCUUCACUGCCGCAACACAAACGCCCAUCUCAGCUUCUCCUCAACCUCCUUUGCCGUUCAAUCCCAACUCAAAACCCCUGAUAUUCCAAACCCUAGCCCUCAGAAUUGGCGUAAAUCAGCACCCAAACACUCCCCUAGAGUCCAAGCUCUCCUGAAGAAUCUAUCUGUCCUCGAAAGAGCACUAAUCGGCGCCGCAGCAGGCGGCAUUGCCGGUGCCUUCACGUAUGUCUGUCUUCACCCUCUCGACACCAUCAAAACCAAGCUGCAGACGAAGGGAGCUUCGGAAAUUUACAGUGGCACCAUGGAUGCCAUUGUCAAAACCUUCGAGAACAGUGGAAUUCUAGGGUUCUACCGAGGGGUUUCAGUUGUGGUGAUCGGAUCAACGUUUUCUUCUGCUGUCUACUUUGGGACUUGUGAAUUCGGGAAGUCGGUUUUAUCGAAAUUCCCGCAGUACCCUCCGCUACUCAUCCCACCAACUGCUGGUGCAAUGGGUAAUAUAAUCUCUUCUGCAAUAAUGGUGCCCAAAGAAUUGAUCACACAAAGGAUGCAGGCUGGGGCAAAGGGCAGGUCUUGGGAAGUCUUACUAAGGAUUCUGGAAAAUGAUGGUGUCAUGGGAUUGUAUGCAGGUUAUAGCGCCACAUUGUUGAGGAAUUUACCAGCUGGCGUGCUUAACUAUUCUUCUUUCGAGUAUUUGAAGGCCGCCUUGUUGAAGAAGACAAAAAGGACGAGAUUGGAGCCAUACCAUAGUGUGUGCUGUGGGGCAUUGGCUGGGGCAAUAUCUGCUUCAUUGACAACUCCAUUGGAUGUGGUCAAGACUAGAUUGAUGACACAAGUUCCUGGGGAUGCUGCUAAUAAGGUUGCUGCUGCAAUGGUUAGUGGGGUGUGGGCGACCUUGAGGCAGAUUCUCAAGGAAGAAGGAUGGGUGGGAUUUACGCGUGGAAUGGGGCCCAGAGUGCUUCAUAGCUCUUGCUUCUCGGCUUUGGGGUACUUUGCAUUUGAGACAGCUAGGCUUACUAUUUUGGAGGAGUAUCUGAAACAUAAGGAGCUUCAAACUGAAGCCUUUCCUCCAACUCCUCUGAGUGUAUGAUUGUAUGAAUUUUGAUUACCAUUUCAGUGCACUAUAACAUGUUAGUAAUUCCUUGAUUCAUGCCCAUUUGAAAUAUUAUUACUCAUAUUAUGUUCAAUAGAGCUUGUAUCCAGCGUCUUAGUUUAUAGGAGAGUGUAUCAUAAUAAAAUGCUUCAGAAGGUCAUAGAGCUUCUUGUAUUUCUUGAUUUGGGGCACUUUAUGCUUUGAUUUAUUUAUAUAUUUUCAUUCUGUUACCUU